GCUAAGGAGGCUCCUCGUCCUUAGAGGAGGGAGGAAUGCUGGAAGGGGCCUGGCUUGUCUGAGCGAGGAGGCAGGGGAGCAGGGCAUGACUCAGGAUUCUACAGUUAGUGCUGUAAAAAAAAUGCUUACAGGGGUGCUGGAGCCCCCAUAAUGCUCUCCCAUGAUCCUAACAGACCAGCCGCUGUCUGUGCAUGUGCUGGGGGUGGGGUCCUUCAAGGCCAGUGGGAAGGAUGGAGGAGAAAUCUGGUUGUCCUGGCUAACAGAGCCAAGACCCUGGAGUCCUGGAGAGGGGACGAGCUCCAAUGCUACAGGCAGGACGGGUUCUGUCUCUAAUUGGCUGUGUGACCCUGUGCACCUCCUCCAUAGAAUGUGGGGAUCAGAUAUCAGAACUUUGAGGGUUCCUUCCAGCUCCUAGAGUCAUGAUUCCAAGUCUGCCCUGUAUCAUCAUAAAGUGUCCCCCAAGCCUGGGCAGCCACCAGUUCUCUGCUCUAGGCCAAGAGGUCAUGGCUGGCUCAACCACUGGCCUGACAAGGUCAUGGCCAUAUGCCCCCUUCACCCUGCACCUCUACUUCCCAGGACAAAUGGCCUGCCCCCGCCACACUCACCUCUGCACCCCUCUCCCCUGGAUGGACCGGUGGUGGUGUCACCCAAAGCAAAUUGACACUAUUUUUCCCUUGGUAACCGCAAAGGGGGAGAAUCACCCGUCUCCUAAUUUUAACCAGUACGUGAGGGACCAGGGCGCCAUGACUGACCAGCUGAGCAGGCGGCAGAUCCGCGAGUACCAGCUGUACAGCCGGACCAGCGGCAAGCACGUGCAGGUCACCGGGCGUCGCAUCUCCGCCACUGCUGAGGAUGGCAACAAGUUUGCCAAGCUUAUAGUGGAGACAGACACGUUUGGGAGCCGGGUACGCAUCAAGGGGGCUGAGAGCGAGAAAUACAUCUGCAUGAACAAGAGGGGCAAGCUCAUCGGGAAGCCCAGCGGGAAGAGCAAAGACUGCGUGUUCACGGAGAUCGUACUGGAGAACAACUACACGGCUUUCCAGAACGCCAGGCAUGAGGGCUGGUUCAUGGCCUUCACGAGGCAAGGCCGGCCCCGCCAGGCCUCCCGCAGCCGCCAGAACCAGCGAGAGGCUCACUUCAUCAAGCGCCUCUACGAGGGCCAGCUGCCCUUCCCCAACCAAGUCGAGAGGCAGAAGCAGUUCGAGUUUGUGGGCUCAUCCCCCACGCGCCGGACCAAGCGCACUCGGAGGCCACAGCCCCUGACGUAGUCAGGGACAC